AGCCGCCGCCGCCGACGGAUUAAUACUCAGUGGACUCGCCGUCAGUGCGCACCGACCGCGUUUUACACACACGCUCUCGUCUCGCUCCGCCGCCGCCGCCGCACACAAUAUUUGUUUGUAAUAAUAUUUUAUAUAGUUUCGCGACGUCAGUUCGGUUUCGUUUUCGCGAUUUAUUUAUAAUUGUUGUUCCGAGUUACGCGUUAUGCAAUAACGGUUAUAAUUUAUUCGGUGGCUUUUAUACAUUAUAAUCUCGUGUUUUCCAAAUUCUGACGGACUCACGGUUCCGGUCUCGUUCAGGACAUGUGCUGUUGAUGACUCCGGUCGCGGAUAGCAUGAAAUCCAUAGCGUUGUUGCGCACCACCACCACCAACAACAACAAGAGUUGUUACUACGGCGGUUACCCGACCGAUCUGAGUGGUUACGCCGCGGCCUCUAGGUGCCGAUCGCCCCGGAGCCCGGUGGCCGACGACACGGACGACAUAAGCGUCGGCAGGCCGUCGCCACCGGCGUCGGCCGAGUGUUACGCCCGGCUGCACGACGACGGCGGCGGUCAUGGGUCCGAUACGUCGUCGUCCGGCGGCGGUUCUGAUUACUUCGAACCGCUGAAGAAGUUGGGCACGGUACAGAUCGACAAGGUGAGCUACGGCAUUAGCGAUCGCAAGAGCUAUGCGCCCAAGCGUCGGGCGCACAGGCAGCACCAGCAGAAUCAGUUGUUGUUGCCGUCACCUCCGCCAUCACUGCAGCUUGACGGCUGCCCGGCGUCCGGUCGCGUCGAUAUGAUGACGAUGACGGCGACCACGCAGCAAGGUGGCCGGACCAUCCCCGGUUCGUCGGCCGUCACCGAGGACGCGCAGCCCGCGGCCGGUGUCAAGUCGUUUAGCAUCGCCGAUAUACUCAGCCACGAGCCGUCGUCGGCGGGCGGCAAAACACCGUCGGCCACGGCAGCCGACGACUCGGCCAAGAUCGUCAGACCCUGGGCCGAGGAGUACCAGCCACCGUGCAGCUCGUUCGUGCAUCCUCCACCACCUCCUCCGCCUCCCGCUCACCGACAGCCUGUCGUCGGUGCCCUGUUCCCGCACUCACUGUUCAUACAGCACCUACAGCACCAGCAGCAACAGCAGCAACAUCACCAUCACCAUCACCAGCAGCACCAGCAUCACCACCAGCACCGGCCAAAGUCUGCCGACUACGAGACGUCCACGUGCACAAGCGGCCGGUCCAGCACGGACGGAAGCGAGUGCUGUACCAGUCCGGAAAUAGCGAGUUGCACACAGUCGAACCCGUCGUCGUCGUCCGCGGCCGCGGCCAGGAAGCAGCAAGCGGCCGGCAAGAACAACGACAAUUCGUCACCGCUGGACGCGCUGUUCCAGAUGACCAGCAAGACGUUCGAUCAACUGCACGGCGACCCGUCCGGAGCCGAUACCAGUUCCAGUCAUCUGAAUCUGUUCAACUCACGGUCGCAGCCCAAGAAGAAGCGCAAGUCGCGCACCGCGUUCACCAACCACCAGAUAUUCGAGUUGGAGAAGCGAUUCCUGUACCAGAAGUACCUGUCCCCGGCCGACAGGGACGAGAUCGCGUCCAGCCUGGGCCUGACGAACGCACAGGUCAUCACGUGGUUCCAGAACCGCCGGGCCAAGAUGAAGCGCGACUACGAGGAGCAGAAGAAGGACCGGGAGACGCUGGCCGCGCUCAGCGAGCACAAGAUAUUCUUGGAGACGGCCCAGAACAUGGGAAUACUCAAGAAGAAACCUCAACCAGCUAUGGCGGUGGCAGCCGCGUGCGGUUCGCCUACCGAUCACCUGUUGCAGCAGCAGCAGCAACAGCAGCAGCAGCCGGUCAAGUACGACGAAUGAGCGGCCCGUCGGUUAUUGCGAGUGUAUUAUGAUACAAUUAAAGUAUUAAAUAUAUUAUAAUACUUAAUAUUAUUAUAUCUAUUAUGAGUCGUCAUCGUCGGAAAAAAUCUUUGUAGCAGCCGAGUCUGCUGCAGCUGCUUAAUUCUAUAAAACACGAUACGGCAUGUCUAGCCCGUAAUAAUCUUGUAAUUAUUAUAAUAUUAUAUCGUUAAAAAAAAAUAAUAAUAACGUUCCUCGUAAGUUUUCUUACUUUUCUGAAAAAAUUUAAAUCAACCUUAAUCUAAGAACGCGGCGCAACCCGAAAACGUAUAUAAGUAGUCUUCCGAUGCCACCUCGUAUCACCUUCGACCAUCACCCGUGGCGCGGUAGACAAUGAUAUCGAGAUCUCAUUUAUAAUUUUCUUUUACAUACCUAUCGUAGUAGGUAUACCGCAUAGGAUAUUGACGUGUGAAAAUGUAAUGUUAUCAACGUCCCAAUGUGUAGUGUUUACUGUUUAGUAGGUCGGUGACGAGAAUCAAACAAUUUAAAAUAGCAUUUCGGCCGCUAAAGGGUAUAUUAUAACGAUAAGGGAUGAUGAGGUGGUGAUGAUUGUGGUCCGAAACUGCUGGACAAAACAUUUAAUUGACGCGUGCGUCCUAGUCUUUCUCACUGUAUAUUAUAUUUUAUAUACGACUACUAUAUUAUUAUCAUUAUCCGUAAAUAAUAAAUAAUAAAAUAUAAAUUAAUAAUCUAAAUAGACGUAAUUUAUAGAAUAAUAAUGGUAAUAAUAAUGAUAUUAGUGUCCGUAGAGUUACAUAUUAAUAAUAGUCAUGGGAGAUCGGUAGAAUAUAUAAUAUGUAUCGUUUUUCGCGUUAAUAUUAUUAUAUUAGUAGGUUUAUAGUGUUCGUCCAUUUUAAAAGAUUGUUGUAAGUACAAUAAUCAUAAUAAUAUAUAUUAUUAUUAUGUAUGUAGUUACAAGUUAUUAUAUUUAUUAUACGCCAGUAAGUUGUGUAUGACCAUAUUAUUAUUAUAUUAAUGUACGGUAAAACCAAAUUAGUCGUAAGGAACUAGAUCAAUUGAUAUUAUACAUUUUUAUAUAUUAUUAUCCUUAUAAAAAAAAUUUAAUUAAAUUUUUUUGUUCAAACGCGUUGGCCCCGACCGGCGGCCGUCCGAAAUGCACAUAAAACUUGUAUAAUAUAUUUUUAGAUUACAUUAUAAUAUAAUAAUAUUGUACAAUGUACAUGUGUAUCUAAUUUUGUAAAUAGCCCGUAAUUUAUACUUAUAUUAUAUUAUACUAAUAAAUUGUUCGUACACUAUUAUUAUAUACAUUAUACAUAUUAUAUUAUACAACAUACAUAUAAGAUAUAUGUAAUGUAUAUUAUAUAUUAUUACUACGCGCUUGUUAUAUUUUGUUUGUUUGUUAUAUAUAUUAUAUUUUGUUCGUACUUAAUUUUUCGUUAACCCAAUACCAAAAAAACAAAAAACACAAAAAAAUUUUUCUAGAUUUUUUGCACUUUGUUCGUAUUCAUAUUUGUUUAUAUUAUUAUAUCGAUUAACUACUACUAUACUAUAUAAAUCAUAAACUAUAAUAAUAUAUUUGUACAUAUUAUAAUAUUGCAUAAUAUAUUAUACAUAUAUAUAUUAUA